AUGGGUUCAGAUGCAGAUAUGGAGGAUUAUGGAUUCGAGUACUCAGACGAAGAGCCUGAGGAACAGGAUGUUGAUAUUGAGAAUCAAUAUUACAAUUCUAAAGGUUUGGUUGAAACGGACCCAGAAGGAGCACUUGCAGGUUUUGCUGAAGUAGUUAGAAUGGAACCAGAGAAGGCAGAAUGGGGAUUCAAAGCAUUAAAACAAACAGUUAAGCUUUAUUAUCGAUUGGUGAAAUAUAAAGAAAUGAUGGAAGCAUAUAGGGAGAUGCUAACGUACAUCAAAUCAGCAGUGACUCGAAAUUACAGUGAGAAAUGCAUAAACAAUAUCAUGGACUUUGUUUCUGGAUCGGCUAGUCAGAACUUUGGUCUCCUUCAAGAGUUUUAUCAGACCACUUUAAAGGCCCUUGAAGAGGCAAAGAAUGAGAGACUUUGGUUCAAGACAAACCUUAAGCUUUGCAAGAUUUGGUUUGAUAUGGGUGAAUAUGGGCGGAUGAGUAAGAUUCUGAAGGAACUCCACAAAUCUUGUCAAAGAGAAGAUGGUACAGAUGAUCAGAAGAAAGGUAGCCAGCUUUUGGAAGUCUAUGCAAUUGAGAUUCAAAUGUAUACUGAAACCAAGAAUAACAAAAAGCUCAAGCAAUUAUACCAGAAGGCACUGGCUAUCAAGUCAGCAAUUCCACAUCCAAGGAUCAUGGGAAUAAUCCGAGAAUGUGGAGGGAAGAUGCAUAUGGCAGAGCGUCAAUGGGCUGAUGCAGCAACCGAUUUUUUUGAAGCUUUUAAGAACUAUGAUGAAGCUGGGAACCAGAGACGCAUACAAUGCUUAAAAUACCUAGUUCUAGCUAAUAUGCUGAUGGAAUCUGAAGUUAAUCCAUUUGACGGUCAAGAGGCAAAGCCAUAUAAAAACGACCCUGAGAUUUUGGCAAUGACAAAUCUCAUAGCUGCAUAUCAACGAAAUGAAAUAUUGGAGUUCGAGAAAAUCCUUAAGAGUAACAGAAGGACAAUAAUGGAUGAUCCGUUCAUAAGAAAUUAUAUUGAAGAUCUAUUGAAGAAUGUGAGGACUCAAGUCCUACUCAAGCUUAUAAAACCGUAUACAAGAAUCAGGAUUCCUUUCAUAUCAAAGGAACUCAAUGUGCCAGAAAAAGAUGUUGAGCAGUUGUUAGUUUCUCUGAUAUUGGACAACCGCAUUGAUGGACACAUUGAUCAAGUGAACAGGCUGUUAGAGCGUGGUGACAGGUCAAAGGGAAUGAAAAAGUAUACUGCCAUUGAGAAAUGGAACACACAGCUUAGGUCUCUUUAUCAAACCGUCAGCAACCGGGUGUAUUGA